AUGCGAGCGAAAGACACAAGACAGGAUCUAGCCGGUCUGGAGCCAUCGUUUUUCUGUGCGCACCCUUUCCUCGGACCGGGCGAGUAACUGCAGUCAUUUUGUGCGCUUCUCCUGCCGGUUUCUUUGCAGUACGGUGACGACGCAUGAUUUGUGAGGAGACGCGCGGGCUGUCCGGUGUUCGUGAUGUAUAGCGACCGCUGAGGGGAUUGAUCGUGGUACUGCGGCUUCAGUAAUCAGGCCGGAUCUGUUAUAAAUACGUCAACCAUUGCACUGCUGGAAGCCUUCACAAUGCCAGCCUCCCGAGUCACCUUCCAAGUCAGAGGCACAACAUUGCCGGGGGAAGUUAUUGCGCUCUGCGGGGGCAAUGAUGUGCUGGGAAACUGGAAACCUCAAGAUGCAAUUAUUCUACAGCCUGAUGCUAAUGAUUGUACUGUCUGGAAAACCACUCUUAUGCUUCCCAAAGGAACUGCUGUAAACUAUCGAUACUUGCAAGGUUACUUUCUGGACCCAAAGAAUACCAGUGGUCCAUGCCAAGUCAUAGUCCACAAGUGGGAGACCCAUCUACAGCCACGAUCAAUAAAACCCCUAGAAACCGAAUGCCUGAAAGAUGAUGGUGAUUUCGGAAUUCACAAUGGCGUUGAAACUGUGGAUUCCGGAUGGCUGACAUGUCAGACUGAGCUUAGAUUACGUCUGCAUUUUUCUGAAAAACAACCUGUUACUAUAUCCAAGAAAAAAUUUAAAAAGUCUAGGUUUAGGGUGAAGUUGACCUUGGGGGGGCUAGAAGAUGAAGGUGAAGAGGAACAAGAAGAGCAAGAAAAAACAUCUCCUGUCGUUCUCCUAAAAAUGGCCAACACUUUUGACAUCUCACUGAUAAGCAACACAGAAUAUAAAUCUCGUCACUCUCAGCCAGAAUGUGGCUAUGCACUUGAGCCUGAUAGAUGGACUGAGUUCAGUAUACACACCAUGGAGCCUGACAACCUGGAAUUGCUUUUUGACUUCUUUGAGGAAGAUCUAAGUGAAGCUGUGGUUCAAGGUGACGCACUCCCAGGACAUAUGGGUACCGCAUGUCUUCUGUCCUCCACCAUCAUGGAGACUGGCAAAAGCAAUGGCAUCAUUACACUCCCUAUUAUGAGUAGGAAUGCAAGACAGACCCUCGGGAAGGUUAGAGUUGACUACAUUAUUAUCAAGCCAAUAGAAGGUUAUAACUGUGACAUGAGAAACUCAUUUUCCAAGUACUGGAAGCCAAGAACUCCACUAGAUGUUGGCCAUAGAGGUGCUGGGAAUUCCACCACAACUGCAAAGCUUGCCAAAAUUCGUGAGAACACUGUUGCUUCGCUCAAAAAUGCUGCAAGCCAUGGAGCUGCAUUUGUUGAAUUUGAUGUUCAGCUUUCCAAAGAUCUUGUUCCUGUAAUAUACCAUGACCUCACUUGCUGCAUAUCAAUGAAAAAGAAAGCAAAUGCCAACUCCUUGGAGCUGUUUGAGAUUCCUGUGAAGGAACUUACCUAUGACCAGCUACAGCUACUAAACCUAGCACAUGUAACCGCACUGACGUUAAAGGAUUGCUUUGACCCCUGUGAUGAAGAAAGUACUAUUUCAGACAACCAGCCAUUCCCCUCUCUCCAAACGACUUUGGAAUCUGUUCCUGAAGAUGUUGGCUUCAAUAUUGAAAUUAAAUGGACUUGCCAAGAAAAGUGCGGUAAAUGGGACGGCAAUUUAUCUUCCUAUUUUGACAUGAACCUUUUCCUGGACAUCAUUUUAAAAACUGUUUUGGAAAGUGCUGGCCGGAGAAGGAUAGUGUUUUCUUCAUUUGAUGCAGAUAUUUGCACAAUGGUUCGCUUGAAGCAAAAUCGAUACCCCAUUCUUUUUCUGACACAAGGGCAGUCUGACAUCUACCCAGAGCUCAUGGAUCUGAGAUGUCGCACCACUCCAAUGGCAAUAAGUUUUGCACAAUUUGAAAAUAUCCUGGGAAUAAACGUUCACACUGAAGACUUACUGAGAAAUCCAGAGUAUGUCAAGGAAGCAAAAUCCAAAGGCUUAGUGGUAUUUUGCUGGGGUGAUGAUACAAAUGACCCAGAGAACAGGAACCUGAUGAGAGAUUAUGGUGUUGAUGGAUUGAUCUAUGACAGGAUAUACGACUGGAACCCUGAACAACCCAACGUGUUCCAGGUGGAGCAGAUGGAGCGCUUGAAGAGAGGGCUGCCAGAGGAAAUGCUGAGGAGCUGUCUCUGCUCAUUUGUCACCAACCACUAUGUUUGCAGUUCAGCCGUUUGCGUUCAUAACCAAAUCCAUGUGGAUACAAAUGGAGUCAUCAACCAUCAGCCUGUCUGAGUCUUAAUAAGCUUUCUCCAACAUCUCAGGGCUGUAUACUGCUUAGACCUUCAUUAGUUGCCCCCUCAAAAGCAAUAACCCACCCACUCUGUUCCAUUACAGAAGUUGCUUGCAUCCUGACUGUCUCUGAUUUUAUUUUUGUUUGGCCAGACAUAGUUAUCAUUCCAGUAUAAAGAACAAAUUUACAUUUCAGGGGAUGGGGCGGGAGGGAGGGAGGUCGGGAAUCUUACUGGUGCAGGCAAAAAUGCCAUAAGGUUUUUGUGUAGGGGAAAAAAAAUACUAAAUGUAACCAAAGUACCUCAUAAGAUAAGUGUUCACUUUUUAUCCUUAAGUGCAAUAUAAACACUAGCAGCUGGACUUCGUAUGCACAUCCAUCACUGUACUGUACACAUAAUUAUUUCUGGCCAUGUUAGUUACCUCAGAUGCAGAUUUUUGCACGGCUAAACACGCUGGUACAAAAAUGUGCCAUUGUUCAAUUAUAUAGUGUUUGGAUUUUUGGUGCCAUCCUUACCGGAUCAUAGUGUCCUCUUGUGUACUGUCUGUGUUGUAUCUAGGCAUGAGUUCUGUCUGUUUUCCCCUCCAUGUGUUCACCGUGUAGACCAAGUUGGCGGAGAAGACUAUGCUUGCUUCCAACCCCUUUCAGUAGCAUGAGCAGAGAUGGUCGCACCGACUCUUCAGUUAUUAAAUAAAGCUUAGGUCUCACAUUUGAAUGGGGUUAGGUAGUUACUAGCCUGCUCAUUUACGCUAGAAUUAAAUGUUGGAUAAAUCUUUGAUUUAAAUGUAAUUUUAGUGGCUAAAUAUAUAAUACAAAUUUUAAGAACAAGUAUGAAAUUGUUUUGUCUUACAAUGGUCUGUCACCCUCAUAUAGGAAAUACUUAAUGUACAAUUUAUGCUUGAAACAUGAAGCAGAACUGGAUGAGUACCUUACACAAUGCUUAUUUUUAUUCUGCCGAUCAGAUUGUCAAAAGUGGUGACUAAUCAUGGUGCCUAGGAAUUUGCAAAAGCCAAUAUAUGCAUACAUUUAUAUGGGGUGUAUAGUCUGUAACCUGUAUUACUUCCCAUAUUAAAUAAUAUGCAAAUCACAGUACCUGCUUUCUGUAAAGCAGCAACCCCUCUAAAACCCACUGGAUCACUCGCCUACCUUAAUGUACAGUAUGUGGUCCUCUGCUCUCUGUGUAUUUUUCUUGGACUGUUUGCAUGGCUACCUAUUUAUAUAAGUUAUAUACGGCUUUUCUUUCCA